AUGUUCCCUGGGUUCCAGCCAACGCGCGCCGCGGCCACAGAACCGACAGCGGAACAGAAGCGGGUGAUGGAAGCUGUCAAGCAAGAAGCGGACACACUCAUGCACAUGCAGGACAAGAUGCGUCAAAUAUGCUUUGACAAGUGCGUCCACCGGUUUCGCGAAGGCGAUUUGGAUAUGGGCGAGUCCACUUGCGACGACAGGUGUGUGGGCAAAUACCUGCAAGCGUACUACAAAUUGAAUCAAUACUUGCCUGUGCUGCAAGAGAAACUUGCGCGGGAAGCGCCGCCCACCAAGCCAAGCGACCUGUUUGAAUAUUAG